GCACCGGCCUGAGGACACAGCAGCCCGUCAUGUCCACCAUCCCCUACGGGCCAUUCCCUUGCAAAGCCAUCAGCAAAAUCCUCUGGCGAACCUGCGAGUCAGGGAACCCCUUCAUCAUCUUCAGUGGGGGGAUGCCACGGGCCAGCUACGGUGACAGGCACUGUGUCAGCGUGCUGCAGGGCCAGACCCUGGCCACGCUCGACUUCACCUCCCGCGUCAUUGACUUCUUCACUGUGCAGAGCGCAGAGGUGCCCGAGGGAGGCUUUGAGAACCCCCGAGCCCUGGUGGUGCUGGUGGAGGAGGAGCUGGUGGCCAUCGACCUGCAGACGCCGGGCUGGCCCACCAUCCCUGCCCCGUACCUGGCACCUCUGCACUCCUCUGCCAUCACCUGCUCCUGCCAUGUCUCCAACGUGCCCCUCAAGCUCUGGGAGAGGAUCGUCAGCGUGGGGGAGCAGCAGAGCCCCCGGCAAUCCUCUGCGGCUUGGCCCAUUGAUGGGGGGAAGAACCUGGCCCAGGAGCCCACACAGAGGGGGCUUCUCCUCACUGGGCACGAGGACGGCACGGUGCGGUUCUGGGACGCCUCGGGGGUCUCCCUGAAGCCCCUCUACAAGCUGGGCACCGCCAACAUCUUCCAGACAGACUGUGAGCACAACGACAGCCUCAACCAGGCGGGCGAGGAGGAGUGGCCUCCGUUCCGCAAGGUGGGCUGCUUUGAUCCCUACAGCGAUGACCCGCGCCUGGGCGUGCAGAAGAUCGCGCUCUGCAAGUACACGGCCAAGAUGGUGGUGGCUGGCACGGCGGGGCAGGACAUGCAGGGCAGCCAUUCCAUGCUCAUCUCCUCCGAGGAGCAGUUCAAAGUGUUCACGCUGCCCAAAGUGAGUGCCAAGACCAAGUUCAAGCUGACAGCACAUGAGGGCUGCCGGGUGAGGAAGGUGGCCCUGGUGAGCCUGGCCAGCGCUGGCUCUGAGGAGAGGCUGGAAAACUGCCUGGCCUGUCUGACCAACCUGGGGGACAUCCACAUCUUCACUGUGCCCAGCCUGCGGCCCCAGGUCCACUACAGCUGCAUCCGCAAGGAGGACAUCAGCGGCAUCGCCUCCUGUGUCUUCACCAAGCACGGCCAAGGUUUCUACCUAAUUUCACCAUCAGAGUUUGAGCGCUUCUCGCUGAGCGCCAGGAAUGUGACAGAGCCACUGUGCCGGCUGGAGGUCGCCCGGCUCCAGGACACCUCCUGCCUCAGCAACAGCUCAGCGGUGACACCGAAGCUGCCGCAGGCGAACGGCACCCACGUCCCCCGCAGCUCUGAGGGCCAGCACUCACCCUCGGACAGUGACCGGUCCCCUGAGGAGCACCCGGCCGCCUUCUCGCCCGGCCCCAUCGACUCCCCCAACAGCAGCCUGGAGACCCCGCUGGACACCACCGGGGACAUCACCGUGGAGGAAGUGAAGGAUUUCCUGGCGUCCUCGGAGGAAGCAGAGCAGAACCUGAGGAACACCAGCGAGGACGAGGCCCGGCCCACGGGGAUCCUCAUCAAGUGAGGCACCGCCGGCCUCCCUGCCCCAUCUCAGUGCUCGGAUUCCCGGGAUGCGCGACUCGACUGGACCCCCCGCCCCCUCCCCAUGUAAUGUAGACUGGCUCCUCUCUAACAUCUGCACCCCGGCUCCGGCACUCCCCACACCCCUGCCCGGCCCCGGCGCCGUGGGGCACAAACUCUUCCCGGGGAAGAUCAGUUCCUUUUUUAUACACGGUCGAGUGUCACUGUCCCCUGCUCCAGAGCCCCCUUCCUGGGGGAUGCUGCUGCUUCCCCGGCUCCACGGGGAGGGCUGGGGCUUGUGGACCCCCCCUUGUCCCCUGGUUUUGGUCCCUUGGGGCAGUGGGGGGCCAGAAGCCCCCGGGCACGGCCCCCCCGUACCCUGGUCUGUGUUUACAUGCCCGGCUCCCUGCAGUUUACAGCCCCGUUCCCUGCCUGCCAGGAGGCUCUGGCUGCUGCACAGGGACUGUCCCCCCCAGGGGAGCCCAGUGGGGACCCCCUGGCUCCCAGGUGGGCAGCAGAGGCCUUGAGCAGCCCGAGGAGGGGCACGCUGGGGGGCCACAGGUGGCCUUUUUCUCUUAGUGGCUUCUCCAAGGGCUAUUCUCCAGGUUGGGCUCUGUGCCUGCUGCUCCUUUCUGACACUAAUUCCUGCCACGGGGUGGGUUUGGGAUGGGAUCACGCUGUGGAAUCACACACGGGCUCCUGCUCCUGGUCCAUGUUGGUGCUGGGAGGGGGCAGAUGAGGUUACCCCAGCCCCCUCCUGCCCCAGGCUGGGCUGCCCCACCCUGGGGGUCUCACUGUGCCAAAUCCCCCCUGGGCUCUGAGCCUGGCCUCGUCCUCCUGGGGGGCUGUGGUGACACAGGUGGCUGUGGG